AUGGAAUCAGAACUCAAUACAAAUUUUGAAAAAGUGAUUGGGCAUCAUUUCCAUGCCCGAGACUUGAUAGAAGAGGCUUUGGAAGAGUCGGGACUAGCAUCUGCAGGAAAUGUGCGGCUAGCCUUGAUAGGAGACAAAGUACUCGACCUUAUGCUGCUUCAACGUUGGUAUCGCGAAGGCAACACUACGGGUACAGAGCAAGGAACAAGUAUGCUCCAAGCUUACGCCUGCAACAAGCAGCUAGCCUCUAGGGCUAAAGUCUUGAAUUUACAGAGAUUUAUCCACCAAAGACCAGACUUAGACAGGAAUGUACCGGACAGCACAUUAGCCACCACCGUGGAAGCUAUUCUUGGUGCAGUUUGGCUUGAUUCCAACGAAGACGUACAGCAGGUGGAUGAAGUCAUGGAGAAACUUGACCUAUACCCACCUUCCGACCGCGUUUCUACCUAA